AUUAGAGGACUGGAGUCUCACAUAACCCGAACUUUUAGGCCGAGUCAGGAGAACCACUAUUUCAAAGUAGCUCUGACUGUGUAUUGCAAAGCAUUGGUCUCAAGAAUACUAUUCAAUGGGUUGACAGCUAUUGGAGUGGAGUUUAUUAGGAAUGAUAUCGAGUAUAGAGUUUACGCUAACAAAGAGGUUAUCGUUUCCGGCGGUGCCAUAAAUAGCCCACAAUUACUAAUGCUAUCAGGAAUCGGUCCCAAACAGCAUUUACAAAGUUUUGGGAUACCAGUCAUAUUGGAUCUACCGGUUGGUGACAAUUAUGUAAAUCAUCCCAGUUUACAAUUAAAUCCCAAGAUUAGACCCGAGUACUUGUAUCUCACAAAUGAACUGGCACAGAUAAACAUAAAACAAUUGAGCCAAUUAUACUACGAGCAAGGUGGUGUACUCGCACAACAUCCAUUCGCGGCCUUAAUUUAUAGCACAAAAAAUAACCAAGAUAAACAAUUCCCAAAUGUGAAUCUAUUUUGUCAUACAUUCAAUGGCACAUUAUUGAUCAAACCUAAUAUGGUCCGGGUCAAAAGUCGUGGUACAGUACGCUUACAGUCAACCAAUCCGAGAGUUUACCCACUAUUGCGCCCAAACUUUUUGACCGACCCGGAUGAUGUUGACAAUAUUUUGGAUGCUGCCAGGCUCAUAUUUUAUAUAUUUGAAAAGACAAUAAUGGGUCAAUAUGUUAUUCUACCAAGAUUAUCGGACUAUGGUUGUCCGGUGUGCACCGGGAGGUAUAUUCACGAAUGCACAGAGGGGUUGAUGUGUUGGAUUAGGUAUAACUCCGUUACGGCUUACCACACGUCCGGCAGUUGUCGUAUGGGCUCAAUAGACAGACCCGAUGUUGUGGUCGACCCCCAGUUGAGGGUUAAGUACGCGAAGAACCUCAGGGUUUGCGACUCAUCGGUGUUCCCAGUGGUUCCCAACUCUAACACCGCCGCUAUAUCUAUAACCUUGAGGGUUAAGUACGCGAAGAACCUCAGGGUUUGCGACUCAUCGGUGUUCCCAGUGGUUCCCAACUCUAACACCGCCGCUAUAUCUAUAACCCAACACUUAAACAAUUACAAAAUCCUGGAUCCAUUAGCCAUCCCAUCUCCUCCUCUAUCCCUGCAAUGGAUAACAGUUUUCUCAAUACUAUUGCAGAGACAAGAGAUUCACGACUCGUUUGCGAACCAAAUACUGGUUAACAAUACCUAUGACUUCGUGGUUGUGGGCGCCGGUAGUGCCGGUGCUAUAGUGGCCUGUCGUCUGUCACACGAAGGAUACAGUGUUUUACUUCUGGAGGCUGGCGGGGGUCAGGAUGCCCUUCUUACUGACGUACCUGGUUUAUUUUUUCAUAAUCUGAGGCAAACUGAAAGAUUUUGGGCGUAUCCAUGCGAAUCACAACCAGAGGUGGGUCAGGCCUUCCCGAACAGACAAACAGUUGAGUUAAGGGGAAAGGGAUUGGGCGGCGGUUCCACUAUUAAUAACAUGAUAUACAACAGAGGGAACCGUAAGUAUUACGACAGUAUUGCUCGUGAUUUCGGUGCCAACGGUUGGAGUUUUGAACAAUUGUUGCCGUAUUUCAAGAAAUCAGAGAAUAAUACCGAUCCUAAUGUCGAUCCCAUAUAUCACGGUCGCAGUGGACCCGUGAGUGUGUCCACACCACCCAAUCCCGACGUAUUGCUAUUAAAAUGGCAACAAUCACUGCAUGAGUUGGGAUACCCUAUAAUUGACAUGAAUGGGCCGACACAGUACGGCACGAGUAUUAUGCAGUCGACUAUUAGAGAUGGUAUCCGACAGUCCACUGCCAAUGCCUUCAUAGAGACAACCAUUUGUCCUAAACUUAAUGUUUUGACGAAUGCUUUGGUCACUAAAGUAUUGAUUGAUGUGGGAGUGGAUGGUAUCAUUGGCUCACCACAGCUGCUAAUGCUAUCAGGCAUUGGACACCGGAAGCACCUACACCAACAAGGCAUAGAGCGUGUGUGGGCUGACCUCCCAGUUGGAGAUAAUAUACAGGAUCAUUUGGGAAUGUUUAUAGCUAUGCCCAUAAAAAACACAAGUCAUCCAUCACUACCAGCUCCAACACCAGACAUUCAGCAACUCUACGAUGCAAUUACCAACUGGAGGGCCCCGUUAGCAGAGUAUGUCUCCUCCUACCUAUUUUUUAACUCCAGUGCCAACCAGGACUGGACGUACCCGGAUGUCACCAUUUACGCGGUGGUGACCCCCAAAAACGGUCUCAGUUUUCUCACGGGUCAAGUGUAUGGCAAUCGGGUGGACGAGUGGCGCGAUUACAGGGAAGAUCUCCUGAAACUGGAUUCCUUCGGCGUAAUGCCAGUCCUCAUACGACCUAAAAGUACGGGUUAUGUGCGACUCCGGUCGGCCAACCCAUACGACUACCCAGUAAUACAGCAAAACUUUCUGAAACACCCGGACGAUAGGCAGGCCUUAAUGGACGUCGUUUCCUAUGCUUUCUAUUUGGUUGAGGAGACAUCGGUCUCAGAGUUUGCUUAUGUAAACCCUCGACCCAUACCUGGCUGUCAGUACUGUCCAGACAUACCUGUGUGGAGGUGCCGAUCGUACCACAAGUGUCUUAUACAACAGAUAGCGUCGGGUUAUUGGCAUCCGGUAGGCACCUGUCGUAUGGGUGCUGUGGACAGGGAUGAUGUGGUGGUGGACGAGAGAUUGAGAGUGAAAGGCGUCCGUAAUUUUCGAGUAAUCGACUCAUCAGUAUAUCCGACGGUUAAUAACGCCAAUACAAAUGCGGCCGCAAUGCUGGCCGGGGAGAAGGGGGCGGCACUUGUGUUGGAGGAUUACAGACAAGUUACUACAAAAUUA